CACAGACUUUUUAUGUUACUUUCGGCAAUAUGCAUUGCACAGUUUGACGUAAUGAAUUCAAUCAAAUGCGCUGGUUCUUUUAUUGCAGUGGUCCUUAUUGUUCCUGUCACACGUUUGACAGCUUCCCCAAACAUCCUGACAGGAUUUUUAGCAACAUUUGGCUUAUGAUGUAAUACUUUCCCUGUCGCACUUGCAUCUUUCAAACUCAUAACAUACUGAUCAGGAAAGGGGUUAUUUAAAGGUUACCUAGCAACAUUAAGUGGAAAUAACUGUAUGUACCUACAUAAUAAAGAUUUUAUUUUUGUCGCGCACUUAUUAAUACUAUUCGCCAGUGCGGGGAAUUCACAGGAACUGUCCACUUCAGAAUGCUUCCCCAUUCUAUGUCCUUAUUGCAGCAUAAUUAUUGGAAGAUUUAUUUCUGUCAGACGAAUUUCCGAUGCAAUCAUAACAGUCAGCGAAUAUGAAGCAUGCGAGGUUUCUCAGAGAUCCGUUUGACCUGAUAAACUUCAGGUGCAGCAGAGGUUGGGGGAUUACGCCAAAGGUAAAGAGACAAUACCACAGUGACGUAUGUGGUAAUAACUGGGACAAAUCUGGAGAAUAUAAAAGCUCUAGUCACAACAUGCACUCCAAAUCUCGUAUGCGGGGAACAUCAGUCUACACAAGAGGACAUAUCACUGAAUCCACCCGUCUACCUGCAAUAUGAAGUUCCUAACUCUGCUUGCUGUGAUGUGCUGGUGCUUUGUGCGAGGCCAGGCGAUGCACCUCAUGCGCCCGCGGCCCAAGCCUUUAGACAGCCCCGUCACCUGGAACGACCUCUAUGUGAUGACUGAACAUGCACAAAAGGAAGACAAAGACCACGAAACACGACUGCUUCCAGUUUUCUCCGAGGUUAUGCUAAAUGAAGAGGGCGCUUGUUGCAUCAACACCAUGAUUCUGGAUUACUAUCUAAACCACAUCUUGCAUGCAGAUGAUCAUAAGCACGUUGAGAAAUACCCACAAAUUCGUUUUGUGAGGUCUGAUCUGCACAGGGUCGCACACAUUUUGAAACCACACUGUAUCGACAGUGCAGAACAUGUACAAGUCACGAAAUACAAGGAAAGAUUUAGUGCCUUUGGACGUAAUAGUUUGACACUAGCUCGUAACAAAGCAAUCGGAGAGACGAUUAUUCUCUUCCACUACCUGUUUGAAUCCUGCUCUGCAAGAAUGUGACUCUGAAACCCUCCUCGGCAGUAUUGGAAUUUUUAUUUAUUUUCAGUAUUCAAAGAAUUAUUUAUUAUGGAUGUAGGCUAUUUAUUUGAGAUAUUUAUUGUAUGUUAUAAAGUUUUACAAACGGCAUGGGAACUGUGCUUUCAUGCUUUGGUUGUAAGGUCACAUUUGUGGCUGCUGUUGUGACUGACUUGGGCUAAACAUCCUAAGACAGUUCACUACAAAGUAAAUGCAUUGUAAAA